AUGGGUAGCACUCACUCCGCUGAAAAGAUUAAGAGCACCCAGGACACAACUAGCCCCGGAAAUCCUGGCAUUUUCUGCACUCCCCUUCCCGGUUUUGUAAGCAAAAUCCAGAAAAUCCUCAUACGCAAACUGAGCAUUUCGGCCAGGAAACAGAAGCGCUUGAGCAAGCGAUCCAAGCAAAUGCUGCGACCCAUGCCCCGAUGCUCCUCGUUCGGAUCCUGCGGCACUCUGCUGACGCCCACCAUGAGGCAAUCCACCUACACCAUUGCCGAUCGACGCUAUGCCCAGUGGAAGUGCAGUUUCGAGCACUUGGCCCAAAAGCAGCACGGCCGACUCCAUGACAUUAGCGAGGCCAUUGCCGGGCAGACAACACCUCGGGGAUUUCCCUCGCACACGGAUACCAAGAGAUGCCUGAUUGCCGCGGAAUCGCCGCUGCCCGAAUCCCCACUCUACGACAUGGUGGGUGGCCAGAAGAUCCGUCGACGCCUAAGUCUGCGCAACCACGCCCCCCUGCGACGCCCGUCCGCCCGGCAGAAGGCCGACCAGGCCAAGGUCGAUGCCCAGCUGCAGCGGGAUCUGUGCGACCUGGAGGAGUACUACGGCGAAUUUCACUACGCCCAGCGCAGCGAACGAUUGGUAAAGAUUUGA